UUCCUAUUAUCUUAUUUUCAUCGAAGUAAAGACUAUUUCUUAAAAAGCAAGUCAUUUCCGAAGUUUUCAAGUAAACAAAAUUCAAAAAGAUCACUGCAAGUUGUCGAUCGGCAAUGGUGAAAGAGACGGAAUACUACGAUGUGUUAGGGGUGAGCCCUUCUGCUACAGAGGCGGAAAUCAAGAAAGCUUAUUAUAUCAAGGCACGGCAGGUUCACCCGGAUAAAAAUCCCAAUGAUCCUCUAGCAGCACAAAAUUUUCAGGUGUUGGGUGAGGCCUACCAAGUAUUAAGUGAUCCGACACAACGACAAGCAUAUGAUGCUUAUGGGAAAUCAGGAAUUUCAACUGAAGCAAUUAUUGAUCCUGCAGCAAUAUUUGCAAUGCUUUUUGGUAGUGAGCUUUUUGAGGAAUAUAUAGGGCAGCUUGCUAUGGCAUCAAUGGCCUCGCUGGACAUUUCUAUGGAAGAGGGGCAAUUUGAUACUAAAAAGUUACAGGAGAAAAUGAAGGUUGUUCAAAAGGAAAGAGAAGAGAAACUUGCACAAAUACUGAAAGAUCGACUAAAUCAAUAUGUGCAAGGAAACAAAGAGGACUUUGUUAAUCAUGCAAAAGCUGAGGUAUCAAGGCUCUCUAAUGCAGCCUAUGGUGUUGAUAUGUUGAAUACAAUUGGUUAUAUAUAUGUAAGACAAGCAGCAAAAGAGCUUGGGAAGAAAGCGAUAUACUUGGGUGUGCCAUUCAUUGCCGAGUGGUUUAGAGUCAAAGGCCAUUCUUUUAAAUCCCAAGUAACAGCAGCAACAGGUGCAAUUGCUUUGCUUCAGCUUCAGGAGGAUAUGAAGAAGCAGCUUAAUGCAGAAGGAAACUACACUGAGGAGGAGCUUGAAGAGUACAUGCAAUCUAACAAGAAGCUGAUGAUUGAUUCUUUAUGGAAGCUUAACGUAGCUGACAUAGAAUCUACUCUUUCUAGUGUUUGUCAAAUGGUUCUCCAAGAUGGCAAUUGCAGAAGGGAAGAGCUUCGAGCACGAGCAAAAGGGUUGAAAACUCUGGGUAAACUCUUCCAGAGGGCCAAGUCUUCCGAUGGAAGUGAGAGUGAACCUGUUAUAGGCAGUAGUGCUGUUCAUACAUUGGAUGGAAAUGAACCAAGCCAUGACGGCAGUUCUCUUAAUGCAUCAUCAGUGUCUUUAAACCAGGAAGAGUUAUCUCGUUCUACAUUUGCAUCACAGAGUCCGUACGUGGAAGCCCCCAACUUCGUGGAUACUCAGUUCACCUUCAACUUUCCAAGGCCAACAGCACCACCUGGUGCACAAAGGACAUUCUUGAAUUAGCCAAGGUUGAGAUGGUUCAUCCCUAAAGGUGCAUGAUUUGUAUUCGUGGAUGCAGCUAUCACAGGUAUUUGUGAAUGUCAUGUCAUUUGUGUACGCAUGCCAGUCUCUGGGUGGUCUGAUCAUUGUUUGUUAUUGUGUUUAAUAUAUUUAUGAAAGAUUAGAUCUAUAUGCAUAGAGUGAAAGAAAGAUGGCUGUAGAAUAUUGUUGUUUGCAUUUCACAGGUUGUGACUGAGAUAUUACCUUCUUGCCUGCCUCUUUUUUUUAGUAGUUCGUUUUGCAUUUGUUGUGUUGUGGUUUUAGAAUGUAAAUUAGUGAUACACACACCUAUUUCUCUCUCUCUCUCUCUCUCUUUUUGUGUGUGUUUGAAAUAAAGUAUUUGGUUUCAGAUA